AUGGUUGUGAAUCCAAUUUAUGUGUACAAUUCCAAUGAGUUAUACUAUGCAUAUGAGGCUGCCAAUAAUUCUACCAUCCCAAGGUUACUGUAUCGGGCGAGAUCCAGCGGUUACUUGUCAAUAAAGGAAGCACUGAAUGGGCUGUUGUGUAUACUUUGCAGAAUGAUGCAUGCAAUAAUUAUGUACAGUGUGGAGCAAAUGGCAUUUGCAAGAUUAACAGAUCACCCGUUUGCCAGUGCUUGCCAGAGGAAAACGAGUCGGAAGGAGGAUAAAAAAGUAGUAUUCCUUUCAGUCAUAUCAGCGGUUUGUUUGCUACUUUUUCCGGGUUUGGGCUCUUCCUGGUGUAUAAUUCUGAAGAGAAGAAAUAAAAGAGCUUCAGGAGACAGUCAGGAGAACUUGGAGUUGCCACUGUUUGAUUUUGAUACAAUUGCAGCCGCCACCAAUCACUUCUCCCACACAAACAAACUAGGGGAGCGUGGUUUCGGUCCAGCCAACUUAACCCAAGAAGAAUUCGUAGCUGUAAAGAGAAUCUCAAAAGAUUCUGGCCAAGGGACUGAAGAGUUUAAAAACGAAGUUAAGAUGAUAUCCAAUCUUCAACAAUGGGAUCUUCUUAAACUUUUGGGCUGCUGCAUCGAAGGAGAUGAAAGGAUGCAGAUUUGCCCAACAAUAGCUUGGAUUGCUUCAUUUUCGGUCUGCGAUUCUGCCCUUCAUCUUCCUUAUCAAAAUAGAAAGGUGUUCUUAAACUGGGAAAAGCGAUUAGACGUUACCACGGGAAUCGCACGAGGACUUCUCUACCUCCCCCAAGAUUCCAGACUAAGAAUCAUUCAUAGUGACCUUAAGAGCAGCAAUAUCUUACUUGACAAUGAGUUGUACCCCAAAAUAUCUGACUUUGGCAUAGCAAGGAUUUUCGGAUGCAAGCAAACUGAAGCAAAAACAAAACGCAUAAUUGGGACAUAG